CGGGGCAGCCAACCAUGUUGGGAGCAGGAUUUCAUGUUUGAAAUCAACCGUUUAGAUCUUGGUUUAAUUGUGGAAGUCUGGAACAAAGGAUUAAUCUGGGACACAAUGGUUGGUACAGUUUGGAUUCCUUUAAGAAGCAUACGACAAUCAAAUGAGGAGGGACCUGGUGAAUGGCUGACUCUUGACUCAGAGGUUAUAAUGACAGAUAAUGAAAUCUGUGGGACAAAAGACCCAACGUUUCACAGGAUUUUGUUGGACACUCGAUUUGAGUUACCACUUGAUAUCCCAGAAGAAGAGGCACGUUACUGGGCCAAAAAAUUGGAGCAACUGAAUGCAAUGAGGGAUCAUGAUGAUUUUGCUUUCCAAGAAGAGGAGAGGCCUUUACCUGUUCCAGGUUCGCAAUGUUACAAUGAAGAUCCUGACAGUGCAGUGGAUGACAGAGACAGUGACUAUCGAAGUGAAACUAGCAACAGCAUCCCACCUCCAUAUUAUACAACAUCUCAGCCUAAUGCAUCAGUCCAUCAGUACUCCAUUUCUUCACGGCAUCAACAGAGUGGAUCACGGGAUUCUUGCACUGAUUCUAUUCACAGUUAUGAGCUAGAUUAUUCAGAUCAACAGAGGCCAAUAAGACGUUAUGAUAGCAUAGAUUCUGCCACAAAUGGACGCAGUGACCUAGAGACUGCGUCAGACUCUAGCAGGCUAACCAGUCGUCAGUAUUCCCUUGAAAGUAGGCAGUCUCUAGAUCUGUCGGAUAGUCCCACAGGUAGCAGCAGGUAUGCUUCAUCUGCAGAACUGAGCCAGGGCAGUUCCCAGCUCAGUGAGGAGUUUGAUCCAGAUAAUGAGAGCCUGCAAGGCUCAGACAUUGAUGAUGAACGUGAUGGGGAUUCUUACCACUCCUGCCACAGCUCAGUGAGCUGUCAGAAAGAAUCCUUGGACUGGGACAAAGAAGAUAAUGAACCACAGGAGAUUUAUAGUGAACCUGACGAGUUCCAGAAGGAGGAGGAGGAAAUUUACGAGGAAAAACCUAAAGAGGAGGAAGAAGUUGCUGCUCCGAUUGAAAUUAUACCUGAAACUGAGAUACCUCCUGAGCAGGUUGAAGGAAAACAACUAGAACCUUACAGAAAUGAGGAGGAUGGACAUUCUAAUAUAUCUAGGGCCAAAGCCAAUUGGAUUCGAGCUUUUAACAAAGUUCGUAUGCAGAUUCAAGAGGCACAGCUUGGGGAAGGAGUUGGUGAUCUACCCAAGCCGCUUUGGUUUAAAGGAGGGCCUGGCGGUGGGCUUUACAGUAUUGACAGUAUGCCAGAUCUUCGAAAGAAAAAACCCAAAAAUCUUGUUAGUGAUUUGUCUUUGGUGCAGUCAAGAAAAGCUGGCAUCACUUCUGCACUGGCAACUCGUACUCUUAAUGAUGAAGAACUGAAAAACCAUGUUUACAAGAAGACCUUGCAAGCCUUAAUCUACCCUAUUUCUUGCACAACACCACACAAUUUUGAAGUGUGGACAGCAACCACUCCCACAUAUUGCUAUGAAUGUGAAGGCUUAUUGUGGGGAAUCGCUCGCCAGGGAAUGCGUUGCACUGAAUGUGGAGUUAAAUGUCAUGAAAAGUGCCAAGAUCUUCUCAAUGCAGAUUGUUUACAGCGUGCUGCUGAAAAGAGUUCAAAACAUGGAGCAGAAGAUCGAACACAAAAUAUCAUCAUGGUUCUAAAGGAUCGAAUGAAAAUCAGAGAAAGAAAUAAGCCAGAAAUCUUUGAGCUCAUCCAGGAAGUAUUUGGACUUCCAAAAUCAGCACAUGCGCAGCAGAUGAAGGCGAUUAAGCAAAGUGUACUGGAUGGUACAUCAAAGUGGUCAGCAAAGAUCAACAUCACUGUGGUGUGUGCCCAAGGUCUGCAAGCCAAAGAUAAAACGGGUUCCAGUGAUCCUUAUGUCACAGUUCAAGUUGGAAAGACUAAAAAGCGUACCAAAACCAUCUAUGGGAACCUUAACCCAAUCUGGGAGGAAAACUUCAAUUUUGAAUGUCACAAUUCAUCUGACCGAAUAAAAGUACGAGUAUGGGAUGAAGAUGAUGACAUCAAAUCACGGGUAAAACAAAGGUUUAAGAGGGAAUCUGAUGACUUUUUGGGACAGACGAUCAUUGAAGUUCGAACUCUAAGUGGAGAGAUGGAUGUCUGGUAUAACCUAGAUAAGCGUACUGAUAAAUCUGCAGUGUCUGGUGCCAUCCGGUUACAUAUUAGCGUGGAGAUAAAAGGAGAGGAGAAAGUAGCACCUUACCAUGUUCAAUACACGUGUCUACAUGAGAAUCAGUUUCAUUACCUGACGGAUAUACAAAACAAUGGAGUUGUGAAGAUCCCAGAUGCAAAGGGAGAUGAUGCCUGGAAAGUUUAUUUUGAUGAAACUGCCCAAGAAAUAGUGGAUGAGUUUGCAAUGCGAUUUGGUAUAGAAUCCAUUUAUCAGGCUAUGACGCAUUUUGCCUGCCUGUCUUCAAAGUACAUGUGCCCUGGAGUACCAGCUGUAAUGAGUACUCUGUUGGCAAAUAUCAAUGCUUACUAUGCGCAUACCACUGCCUCUACCAAUGUAUCUGCCUCUGAUCGUUUUUCAGCCUCCAAUUUUGGGAAAGAGAGGUUUGUAAAACUUCUGGACCAACUGCACAAUUCUCUUCGCAUUGAUCUGUCAAUGUAUAGGAACAAUUUCCCAGCAAGCAGUCCUGAAAGGCUACAAGAUUUGAAGUCUACAGUUGACCUUUUAACCAGUAUAACCUUCUUUCGAAUGAAGGUUCAGGAACUGCAGAGCCCACCACGUGCCAGCCAAGUAGUGAAAGAUUGCGUAAAAGCUUGUCUGAAUUCCACUUAUGAGUAUAUCUUUAACAACUGCCAUGAACUGUACAGCCGAGAAUAUCAGACAGAUCCAAGUAAAAAAGCUGAGGUUCCCCCAGAGGAGCAAGGGCCGAGCAUCAGAAAUUUGGACUUUUGGUCCAAACUUAUCACACUCAUUGUUUCAAUCAUAGAAGAGGACAAGAAUUCAUAUACACAUUGCCUCAACCAAUUUCCACAGGAGCUGAAUGUCGGAAAGAUAAGCGCAGAAGUGAUGUGGAACCUUUUUGCCCAGGACAUGAAAUAUGCGAUGGAAGAACAUGAAAAGCACAGACUCUGCAAAAGUGCAGAUUACAUGAAUCUACACUUCAAAGUGAAGUGGUUAUAUAAUGAGUAUGUAAAAGACCUGCCAGCAUUCAAGAAUUCAGUCCCAGAGUACCCAGCUUGGUUUGAACCAUUCGUUAUACAGUGGUUGGAUGAGAAUGAAGAGGUAUCUAGAGACUUCCUGCAUGGAGCACUGGAACGAGACAAGAAGGAUGGUUUCCAACAAACAUCAGAGCAUGCCCUCUUCUCCUGUUCUGUGGUGGAUGUGUUCUCACAAUUGAACCAAAGUUUUGAAAUCAUUAAGAAGCUGGAGUGCCCUGAUCCUCUGAUUGUGGGACAUUAUAUGAGAAGAUUUGCCAAGACUAUCAGCAAUGUGCUACUGCAGUAUGCUGAGAUAAUAGCUAAGGAUUAUGCAUCAUACUGUUCGAAGGAGAAAGUGCCAUGUAUUCUGAUGAACAACAUCCAACAGCUUCGAGUACAACUAGAGAAGAUGUUUGAAGCGAUGGGAGGAAAAGAUUUGAAUGCCGAGGCCAGUGACAUUUUGAAAGAGCUACAGAUAAAACUCAAUAAUGUGUUGGAUGAUCUUAGCAGAGUGUUUGCACUAAGUUUUCAGCCUCACAUUGAGGAAUGUGUGAAGCAGAUGGGAGAUAUUCUCAGCCAGGUGAAAGGAACAGGAAAUGUCCCUGCCAGCGCUUGCAACAGUGUGGCUCAGGAUGCUGACAAUGUUCUCCAACCACUCAUGGACCUGCUGGAUAGCAAUUUGACACUCUUUGCAAAGAUCUGUGAGAAAACUGUGUUGAAGCGUGUCCUAAAAGAGUUAUGGAGGAUUGUAAUGAACACAAUGGAGAAAACUAUUGUCUUACCACCUUUAACAGAUCAAACGGGCACGCAGCUUAUUUUCAAUGCUGCAAAAGAAUUGGGGCAGCUUUCAAAACUAAAGGAUCACAUGGUCAGAGAAGAAGCCAAAAGUCUUUCCCCCAAGCAGUGUGCUGUAGUGGAGCUUGCACUAGAUACUAUUAAGCAAUAUUUCCAUGCUGGUGGAGUUGGCCUGAAGAAGACCUUCUUAGAAAAGAGUCCAGACCUCCAAUCUCUACGGUAUGCUCUGUCGCUCUACACGCAGGCUACUGACACCCUUAUUAAAACUUUUAUCCAGUCUCAGUCAUCUCAGGGUUCUGGUGUGGAUGAUCCAGUAGGAGAAGUGUCUGUCCAUGUAGAGCUUUUCACACAUCCAGGAACUGGAGAGCACAAAAUCACAGUUAAAGUUGUGGCUGCCAAUGAUCUAAAGUGGCAAACAACUGGUAUCUUCCGUCCAUUUGUUGAAGUUAAUAUGAUUGGGCCUCAUCUUAGUGACAAGAAGAGGAGGUUUGCCACCAAAUCCAAAAACAAUAGCUGGGCUCCAAAAUUCAACGAAACUUUUCAAUUCACCUUGAGCACUGAGGAUGGCCCAGAAUGUUAUGAACUCCAGAUUUGUGUGAAGGAUUACUGUUUUGCCCGAGAAGAUCGAAGUGUUGGCAUUGCUGUGAUGCAGCUACGUGACAUCAUUCAGAAGGGAAGCUGCGCUUGCUGGUUACCACUUGGCCGUAGAAUUCACAUGGAUGAGACAGGACUGACUGUCCUCAGGAUACUUUCACAAAGAAACAAUGAUGAGGUGGCAAAGGAGUUUGUAAAAUUAAAAUCUGACAUACGUUCUGCUGAAGAAGGCAGUUGA